CUCCCCCUCCCUAGUCCCGGUGGUCGACGUUGUCACGAUUUCUUCCGCGCGUCAAGAGGUAACCGUCGCGAGCCAACCGGCGAGGAUGGCGACGAUCAGGCAUCUGCACCAGGAGGACCAGGAGAAUCGCAUCGCCGGCGAUCUGCGCGGCCGCGGUAAGGAGAACCUCGCCGCCGCCGCCGAUCUGCGCCGCAGCAAGGAGACCCUCCUCGCCGCCGCCGCGGCCGCCGCUUCCGAUCUGUGCGCCCGCAGCAAGGAUACCCUCGUCGCUACCGCCAUGAGCACGCAGACGUUACACCAGAAACGCGCCGUCCUUGGUGUCCUGCACAACAAUGCUCACAACAAUGCGCGGAACGGCACGAAGCCCCAGGAGAUCUAUAAGGAUGAGAAGCAUCUCAAAACAAUAUAUAUACCUGUGCCCUCCGAGCCCUUCAAAGUUUACGAGGAGGACUCUUACAAGAAGGAGGAACCAGCCUUCAAGAUUUACGAGGAUAAGCUGGAGGUGGAGGCGUCCGUCGCGCUUAGGAACUCGAAGAAGAAUGAGGAAGCGAAAGCAGUGCAAGAAACGACCGCAAAGUCCGAUAGAGAACAGCCGGCAUUAGACUACGACGCGGGCACUUUGGACAGCACGUCCACCUACGUACUUUGUAGUGAGCUCGACAAAAUCUAUCCAGUUAAGGCGAAAGCCUUAUCGCAGGACAGUCCCAUGUCUGUGGGGAUGUCAUUGGAGAAGUCUCUCCCGAAUAGCAGUUCCUCCAACAACGAGUACAGAACCAGAAGGGAAUGUAACAAGGGAUUGAGAACCAGUUUCUUUGACGUAGACGAAUACAGGGCUGAUAUAUACAAUUAUUUACGGGAAUCGGAGUUGCUGCAUAGACCAAAGCCCGGCUACAUGAAGAAACAGCCUGAUAUCACGUAUUCAAUGAGGUCUAUAUUGAUAGACUGGCUGGUAGAGGUAGCUGAAGAAUAUCGAUUGCAGGACGAGACUCUUUACUUGUCGAUUUCGUAUAUCGAUCGCUUUUUAUCGUACAUGAGCGUUGUAAGAGGAAAGUUACAACUCGUUGGGACUGCCGCUAUGUUCAUCGCGGCGAAAUACGAGGAGAUUUAUCCGCCCGAUGUAGGAGAAUUUGUAUAUAUCACAGAUGAUACGUAUACGAAGACGCAAGUGAUAAAAAUGGAGAAUUUGAUAUUGAAGGUUUUGUCGUUCGAUUUAACUGUACCGACGCAUUACUCGUUCCUUAUGGAAUAUUGUAUCAGCAAUAACUUGUCGGAUAAGAUAAAAUUUUUGGCGAUGUACCUGUGCGAGCUGUCGAUGCUCGAGGGAGACCCGUACUUACAAUAUUUGCCCAGUCAUUUGGCUGCGUCCGCGAUAGCACUAGCACGGCACACGUUACACGAAGAGAUUUGGCCACACGAAUUGGAACUGUCAACCGGAUACUACUUGAAGCCUCUUAAGGAAUGUAUUGCGUACUUGAGCAGAACCUUCUCCAAUGUCCCCAACAUCCAACAAACGGCGAUACAGGAGAAGUACAGAAGCAGCAAAUACGGCCAUGUAUCCUUGCUGUUGCCUCGUAGCACCGAGGCGGUGUCGUGCGAGGACGAAGAUUAAAAGAGAAAAGCGCUUAGUAAAGAAUAUUGUCAGACAGACACAGGAUAAAAAUAACUUUUUUUUUCUGUGUUUAAAUUGGUAAUUGAAUAACGAACCUUCCACAACAGCCCGGAACAUUCUGAAAUGAGAAUGAAGAAGGGGAUCGGGACUGACCUGCCAUUCCUACAAAACGGAAGGAAGAAAGCGUACGGUUUAUUUCUUUCUGUUAGCUCGUUGCAGUCUGGUCGGUACAUUUUGCGAGAGCAAAAUGAUACCUGGCUCUCCUACCUUCAUCACACGCAUCUUGUAUCAUCGUCUUCAUACUCUCGAGUCAUGACUGAAUGAAAAUUUUAAUAGCUGUUCUAGAGUCUCAUCAUGUCAAAUACAUGAAACUCUAGAGAGAGAGGGGGGGAGAGCGAGAUAAUACAUUGUCUAGAAAUUGUAUUUUUUAUAAGUACUUUUUAGAGGAUUGUGAAAACAACAAAUGCUUUUGCCGCGAUACACGCAAACGGCUAAAAAUUCGAUUACAAGUAAACCACCUCUAUAAUAAGAGUCGAUAAGCAAAGCGAUUUUGUAUUUAUUAUUAAUCGUUUUACCGUUAGGUGCACGCCAAUUAACGAUAAAAACGACGAUAUUCUAUUUGGGAUAUUUCCGCGAAAUUAAUUUGCAAUUAUUUCGAUCACUUUUUCAGUCCUUGUACAGUUAUUUAUUUACAACAUUCUAGGUACCGUAAUUAAUAUCAAAUGCGUAGUUUGUUUUAUUAGGAAUUUAAGGUAUCUUUUAUAUAUAUAUAUCCCUGUAUUACAUUAUAUACAAGCAUAUUAGAUUAUACGCUGUGCAAGAUUACAUUGUCAAUUCUCCCUUGGCACAAAAUCGUUUUUGAGUUUCUCUACAAGAACAUGCGUGCUAGCUGUUUUUUUUUACAUCCCAUCAUUUAUAAUGCAUGAAUGUAAACUUAUUGGCAUCAAUUAAAUUUUAAUACAUUCGUUUCGAUGACGCGUAUUUACGUUUUCGACCGUAUUGACCGUGCAAUAUUGCACAGCACAAUUACCGCAUUUUAACAUAACGCAAAAUACCUAGGUGUUCAUCAAAUCUAACAAACUGCAUGAGAGUAUGUUCGUAUGAAAUUUUAAAUACAGAUAUAAAAAAAUGUUAUGGAAUUGUAUACCGUUACAUGUUCAGUUCUAUGUUAAUUGUAAAUUAUAUCGUCUGCUCCAUGGUGUAGUAUAUAGUUGACGUGGCAAGAGGACUAGAAUUUCUCGGAGGUUACUAUUGCUGAACUGAAAGAAAAAAAUUGAAGUAGCCUGAGAUGGGCCGAAAAGACAGAAUUAAAAUUUGUCGCAGCUUCUCCACAAUAUGCACAACGUACAAACAUCGAAAUUUACGGAUAAAGUAAAAAAUGGAAUUAAACUUUGGAAGGAAUUGGUAGGAUAAAAUUUAAAUUUCGAAGAGAAUAAUUUCUACUUAGGCUUCCACUACAAAUGCUUCAAAGCGAUUCUCUUCUAUCUUUAGUGAAGGAAAGGAGAAGACUAGCUUGGGAGUAUUUGUAGCAGCAGCUUGACUGCAGCCUUAGAAAAAUCUGGUUUUAAACCAAGGUUUUAUCUACCAAGACUUUUCCCUGGUAAUGUUGAAAACUGAAAACGUGAUACAUACGAAUAUUUUUUAUACUAUAUUUUCAUAUUUAUAUAUCGGACAUAGUACGUUCUGUACCACGUUAAUAAAUAAAAUAUUUUUCGGAGCCGUUUCGACGUAACACAAAAUCGUUGUAUCAAACGUUUCCGUAGCGAGUUUGUAGACGAAAGUAUGACUAAGAUAACAAUUGUAAAUACCAAAAAUUCAUUCUUUUUACGGAAGUCUUGGAAGGAAUAAAAAGGAAGAAUGAAACACUGUCA